UGUAAAAAGUGAAAAAUUUCUUUGUGUAAUUUUGUGUUUUUAAUACUAUCGAAUGAUGAAUAUUUAACAAUUACACAAUAUAAGCUGAACAGUUUGUGGUUUUAUUAUGGGUGCGUUUUCAAGCAGAAACAAUGCUGCUGUGGAGGAGGCGGAUCAAAUGACCAAUCAAGCCUACAAAUAUCCACCAAGAGCUGGAAACUUUUUUGGUAGUCACUUUAUAAUGGGUGGAGAACGUUUUGAUACACCACAACCUGAAUCAUAUUUAUUUGGUGAAAAUGCUGACCUCAAUUUUCUAGGUAAUCGUCCAACAGCUUUUCCUUACCCACCACCACAAGCUAACGAGCCAACAAAAACAUUGAAAAGUCUCAUCAAUAUACGCAAGGAGUCCGUACGUUUUGUACGUGCGCCGCAAGAGAAAAAAAUCGAAUCUUUUACAGUAAUCAGUACUGGUGAAGAGCAAAUAGAUGGUAAUGUACUUUGUACUGGUGGAGGUGAUGCGGACACAGUGAAUAAUUGUGGUUAUAAUAUUGAGUUUACUUUUGAUUCUGAUGCUAAAUGUGCAAUAACCAUUUAUUAUUUUUGUACCGAAGAAGAGAGUCCCAGUGGUGUAACACUUACGCCACGUGAAGGACUAACGUCUGAAACGUACCAUUAUGAGAAGGGCAUAAAUCAAUUCUUUUCACAACCUGGACAUAUAUUCAAACCACAACUUAUACCCGAAGAUGAUUUAAUUUAUAAUCCCACGAAAGAACAAUAUCCAGUUGCAAUACAUUGUGUAGUUGAGGAAGGCAAUGAAGACUGCCGUCAGUCGCAUACGACUAUUUGUGUGAUAGACCAUCAUCCAGAAAGUAGCAGUUAUGUAUUACGUGCACUUAAACAAAAAAUUUUCGUCGAUGGACUUUGUUAUUUACUGCAAGAAAUCUAUGGCAUUGAAAAUAAGGCUGUCAAUAAGAGUUCAAUUGAUGAGGAAAUUGAUGAUCAUGGCAGCGAAUGUGUGAUUUGUAUGAGUGAAACCCGUGAUACACUUAUAUUACCAUGCCGUCAUUUGUGUUUGUGCAACUCAUGUGCUGAUUCACUACGUUAUCAGGCUAAUAAUUGUCCCAUCUGUAGAGCACCUUUCCGAGCAUUAUUACAAAUACGUGCUGUGCAGAAAGGUAUUAGCUCACAUAUUGUAUUGCAUCAGAAUACUCCAACAUCGGCAGCUGGCGAACCAGCACCAUGCGAUCAACAUGUUCCACCCGGCUACAUUCCUGUGUCUUUAAUUGAGGCAUUAAAUGGACCACCACAAUACGUAGGUGGUAGAGCGAGAUUAAGUCAAGCUGAUAUAACUGAUGGAAUGCAAAGUAGCAUUUUGGGCGAUAACCACAAAAGCACUUCUCCACCACACAAAACCAGCAGUCAACGCCGUUCGAAAUCAAAGAAAAACGUCUCAACAUCCACGAGUACUACGGAAGUGGGCACCUUAACUAAUGCCAUAUUAUUGUGGUACAGAGCUCAAACUACAGAGCUUGUUUGUCGUCUUUUAGUCUAUUAG